UAUUAAGAUAAAAUGGCGGAAGAGUCUUCAAAGAAAGAAGAGAAAAGAAUUCUAUACGACCUGGACAUACCUUACGAGUGGCCAGAAACAGUCCUUAUAUUAAAUGAAAAUGAUCAUCAGUCCCGGCUACUGACAAGAUACUCACUGCAGCUCUCAAUGCUUGUAGUUGGUUUGCUUUAGCUGUUCUGAAAAGCCCAACAAGAUUAUUAGGAUUGUCAUCACAGCCACCCUCAGUCUUAUCUGACCUCUUGAAUAGUCGGUUGUCAUGGCAACUCGUACUUAGCAGUGAUGGACGUCAGUUAGCAGUGGUACAGGAGUCUGUCAUUGAGAUAAGAUCAAUAUUAGAUGAUUUUACUACAGCACGUGCUGCAAUAAAAGUAUCACCGGAUCCGUAUCCACAGUGGAGAUAUAGUGUGUGGUCACCACAGGGCACAUCACUAGCUUAUGCCAACAGUCAGGGUCAUAUUACAGUUUAUAGCUAUAAUGGUGAGGUAUUGUAUCAGCUCUCAGGGGCUGGAGGAGGUGUAGCAUUAAGUGGUGGAGGAUCAGAGAGACCCACUCCAUUUCUAAUGACUGCUCUAUCUGGGAUGUGUUUUGCUAGCAGUAAUACUUCAACUGAUUCAACACUACUGAUAGUGAUGAGUUAUGAAGCUCAGAUUACCACAUACUGUUUGAAGCAGAAUAAGAGGUAUAUACUAUUGCACAGUGUUAGUCUAUUGGAUUACUUCCCAUAUGGUGCUGGUGGUAUACAGUAUCUAUCAAAUUCUAAUGUGAUUGUAAUAGCUGGAUGCAGUGAUGCUAAAGAGCCUCCCUUGGUUAGUUGUUGGAGGUUAGUUAAUGAUUCUCCUUACUGGAUACCAGCUGCUGAUAAUAAAAUUGAAAAAUCAAAAAGAGGUGCCUUUCAAUCAUUGGUGAACAAGAAAGUUUUUAAUGAUGAUUGGGUGUACAGUGUAUCACUGAGUCCUAGUGGAUCAUUACUGGCAACUCUUAGCCUAUCAGGAUCUAUUUGUCUCUGGGACCUUCCAUCUUGUAGGCUCAAGUCAACAUGGCUUCCUGAAGAACUGCCAGGGUCUAAUGAGAGCCAUGUGAUGUCUACAUCAUUUGGAUUUGAGACUAAAGCUAGCAGAGAUUUUGGGAUGGCUCAAUUAUUAAAAGACAAUGAUCACGGUGCUUCAUUCAGAGGAUCACCAUUAUACAUGGCUCCAGAAGUUAUGCUUGGUAAAACUUAUGAUGCAAAAGUUGACCUCUGGUCUAUAGGAGUCAUUCUAUUUGAAAUUUUGUAUGGAUUUGCUCCUUAUCAUUCAAGCACAAUAGAAGAGCUUCAUUUAAGAGUUCUCAACGACACUCCUAUUGUGAUCCCUUCUGUCCCAGAAACUUCCUCAAAGUGUAAGGAGGUAUUCCAAGGACUCUUGGAGAGAGAUCCCUGUCAGAGAGAUCCCUGUCCUUGAGCAUAUGCUAGGGCCAGAGUGCCUCAGUAAAGCUAGAGCUCAGCUUGUAAAGCAAGCUGUGGUUAAAGACAGUGAUGGAAAGUACAGUUCUGCAGUUAAUUAUUACUAGCUGCCAAGCAUUGGACUAUUUCAUAUCUGCUCUAGAUUUUAAUAAAAAUACCAAUAAUUGAUUUUCAUUUGCACUGCCCCUUUUGUGUAGAUGAAGAAGAUUAUCGUACUAAGGAAAGUUUAAAAGACAUGGUGUGACUCUAGUUUGAUAUUCUUUUAUUUGCUAACUUAUAAUUAGAUAGAGCAGUAUAUUGCUAGAGCUGAGUAUUUAAAGUCACUAGUUAGAACACAAAAACCCUCACUGAGAGAUACUGCAGGAGAGAAUAGGAAGAGAAUACUAGAAGAGAUGCAAGCUGAGUUUUCCCAGUUAAAAGAUGUUCAUUCUCUAAUUGAGGAAGCUGAUCAGUUGGAGGAUAGACAUUCAUAUCAUUCUGCAUAGGCUGAUAGUCCUGAAAAGAAGAAAUUAAUAGCCUCAGAAGUACAAGUAUUUCUUCAAAGAGGAGAAGAGCUAACCAUUUUAUUAGAA